UAUCUAUUCGAUACCGCGGCUGAUAAUAAUACUGAGCGAUAUUUGUUUUACAAUUGGUGUUUUCUGCGUACCCAGUUGAUUUACCUAGCCGGCUUCGUCGAUCGUCCGCCAACGUGCUGUUACCGGUGUAGAAAAUCCCCAGGCACGCGCAACAGUGAUGGCCGGCAGUCGUCUGGAAAAACUCGGGACCAUCUUUACGAGGGUCAACGGACUGAUCAAAUCGGGUGCAAUGAAAAUCGACGACCGACCCAUUUGGUACGACGUGUACAGAGCGUUUCCACCAGAAUCGGAGCCGUAUUUCGCCAAGCCCGCCAAAGCGAUAAAAAUACCCGAUAUAUUAUACCCGGAGGAUACGUUCAGAGCAGAGUUUCAAAAGCGUGUCCGUAAUCAAUUGCCACCCAUCGAUUUGAAAGAUGUAACCGAACAGAACGCUACCAAAGCGGCCAUAGAAAUAUAUUCUGCAGACAAAUCGGUUUCAGUUGACCAAGUGAUUGAUAAACUGAAAAAAAACAGGAUCCUACAGGAGUACAACACUUCAACGAAAACAUUUGAUUCCAAUAAGAGUGCAAACAAAUCAAAUCUGGCCUCCGAAUUUUUAAAUCAAACGAAAAAAGAACCAAUGCCUUCCACUAGUUAGUUAUUUUGAUAAUACAUUUGAACAGGUUUAUUAAUGUAAUUGUAUUGUAAGGAUUUAUCUAUUUUACAUGCUUCUCAUUAUGUAGUGUUUCACUAAACAUUUUUUUUUUUUUUUUUAGUUAAUUUAGUAUGAAUAAACUGGUUUUUUAAAAAAUUUCCCUAAGUUUACAUUUUUUAUGUACUUUAAAACUUAGGAAAUUUUUACUACCCACAUAUUACCCACAUAUUUAUAAAAUAAUGUUAUUGUUUUCCAUUAAUUUAGUAGCAAUAAGUCUGAAAAAGUCUGUAGAACAGUAACACAAAUAAACAAAUAAACACCACUUUAUACAAAUAAAUUUGCAUGAGGACAUGUUUUACACACAAAACAAAUGAAUAAAAUUAACGGUUUUCUUAACUAAAAUUUGGUUGACAA